UUUAAAGGUGCUCGGCACUUUCCGGAGGUUUUCGCCGAUGCUCCGAAUCCGCCGGGGAGGGCUGGGACAGUGAAUGUGGGCUUUUCUGCUCUGCAUCACAACCUGGAAUAAAUACAGAUCCAGAAACACUAAGAUCUGCUGUCGCCUCGAAGAAGCUGCACCGCCACUUCACAGAUGCAGGCUAUUAAAUGCGUGGUGGUCGGCGACGGGGCUGUGGGUAAGACCUGUCUACUAAUCAGCUACACCACCAAUGCCUUCCCGGGCGAGUACAUACCCACAGUAUUCGAUAACUAUUCCGCCAACGUGAUGGUGGAUGGGAAGCCGGUCAAUCUCGGCCUGUGGGACACAGCAGGACAGGAAGACUACGACCGCCUUCGUCCUCUCUCUUACCCACAGACGGAUGUGUUCUUGAUAUGCUUCUCCUUAGUGAGCCCAGCGUCCUUCGAGAACGUCCGUGCGAAGUGGUAUCCAGAGGUGAGACAUCACUGCCCCAACACACCCAUCAUCCUGGUGGGCACCAAGUUGGACUUGCGUGACGAUAAGGACACCAUAGAGAGGCUGCGUGACAAAAAGCUCUCGCCCAUCACUUACCCUCAGGGCCUGGCCAUGGCCCGGGAGAUCGGUGGGUGCUGUGAAGUACCUGGAGUGCUCGGCUCUGACCCAGCGCGGCCUGAAGACCGUGUUUGACGAGGCAAUCCGUGCCGUCCUCUGCCCUCCGCCGGUCAAGAAACAUGGCCGGAGGUGCACACUGUUCUGAAAGCUGGACAGACCACUGGCAGCUUCCUGCCUUCACUACUCAACACUACAGUAACUGUGAAGCGGCCUACACCAACCACUACGAACAGGUUCCGAGACAGGUGCCUCCGUCCCCUGAGGCUUUUCCACAAGGAGAGUAAUAGGUGUGUGUGUGUAUGUAAGUUGUUGGCAUGGCUUGACCCAUAGGAUGACGGUCAGAAGCAUCAUGGUAGAUGGCUGACUAGGUGCCUUUUUUUGUUUUCCCUUUCACACGGUGGCACAACACCCCUUUCACACUGUUUUCUAUGAGGUGUUUUAGUGGUAAAUACAGGUGUGUGUUGACGAGGGGAUGUUUCAGUGUAGCUCCUGAAGGAGGGCGGUAAGGGAAGCACACACACUCACCUACACACAGUUGUAGAAAGCUCACAUUGCCCUGCACAGUGUUACCGAUACGGCUCACAGGUGUGAACGGAGGGUUUAAAACUGUUUAUAUGGCACUUAAACUUAUGAAAGCAUAUUCAAUGUACAUACACGCUUAUAAAUAAAGGUGCUAUAACGUUCUUUGAAAUGAUGUCAUUGGAGAACCACUUUAUGCUCCUGGAAGAGCUUUCAGUCAGCAUCAGUGGGUUCUUUUUUGUGAAGAACCUUCUUAAAGCUGACAUAAUGUGCAGGAUCUACUCCAGUUUAAGCUCCUUCCAAGACAAGAACCCUUCAGGGACCUUUAUUUUUAAAGGCGGUUUCCUCUGAUUUCCCCCAAAUUCCUCUGUAACUCUGUAACUGUGUGUGAGGUGUAAUCAGAGAGAUUCAGAGUGGUUUGGUGUGAAAUGGUUCAGAUGUCUUUACAGUGGUGGUGAUA